UUGCCCGAACCCCGCGAGGGUGAAACGCUUUCUCCCGGCAUGCAGCGGGAGGAGGGAUUUAACACCAAGAUGGCGGACGGCCCGGAUGAGUACGAGACCGAAGCGGGCUGCGUGCCCCUUCUCCAUCCAGAGGAAAUCAAACCUCAAAGCCAUUAUAGCCAUGGAUAUGGUGAACCCCUCGGAAGGAAAACUCAUAUUGAUGAUUACAGCACGUGGGACAUAGUUAAGGCUACACAAUAUGGAAUAUAUGAACGCUGCCGAGAAUUGGUGGAAGCAGGUUAUGAUGUACGGCAACCAGACAAAGAAAAUGUUACACUCCUGCAUUGGGCUGCCAUCAAUAACAGAAUAGAUUUAGUCAAAUACUAUAUUUCGAAAGGUGCUAUUGUGGAUCAACUUGGAGGAGACCUAAAUUCAACUCCAUUGCACUGGGCCACAAGACAAGGCCAUCUAUCUAUGGUCGUACAACUAAUGAAAUAUGGUGCAGAUCCUUCGUUAAUUGACGGAGAAGGAUGUAGCUGUAUUCAUUUGGCUGCCCAGUUUGGACAUACCUCAAUUGUUGCUUAUCUCAUAGCAAAAGGACAGGAUGUAGAUAUGAUGGAUCAGAAUGGGAUGACGCCUUUAAUGUGGGCAGCUUAUAGAACACAUAGUGUGGAUCCAACUAGAUUGCUUUUAACAUUCAAUGUUUCAGUUAACCUUGGUGACAAGUAUCACAAAAACACUGCUCUGCAUUGGGCAGUACUAGCAGGGAAUACCACAGUCAUUAGUCUUCUUCUGGAAGCUGGAGCUAAUGUCGAUGCCCAGAAUAUCAAGGGUGAAUCAGCACUUGAUUUGGCAAAGCAGAGAAAAAAUGUGUGGAUGAUCAACCAUUUGCAAGAGGCAAGGCAAGCAAAGGGAUAUGACAAUCCAUCUUUCCUUAGAAAGUUGAAAGCUGAUAAGGAAUUUCGGCAGAAAGUAAUGCUGGGAACUCCUUUCCUAGUUAUUUGGCUGGUUGGGUUUAUAGCAGACCUAAAUAUUGAUUCUUGGCUCAUUAAAGGGCUAAUGUAUGGUGGCGUUUGGGCUACAGUACAGUUUCUUUCAAAAUCCUUUUUUGAUCAUUCAAUGCAUAGUGCAUUGCCCCUUGGAAUAUAUUUGGCAACCAAAUUCUGGAUGUAUGUGACGUGGUUCUUCUGGUUUUGGAAUGAUCUCAACUUUUUAUUUAUCCAUCUUCCAUUCCUUGUCAAUAGUAUUGCACUUUUCUACAAUUUUGGAAAAUCUUGGAAAUCAGAUCCAGGGAUUAUUAAAGCUACAGAGGAACAAAAGAAAAAGACAAUAGUUGAACUUGCAGAGACAGGAAGUCUGGACCUCAGUAUAUUCUGCAGUACCUGUUUGAUACGGAAACCAGUGAGGUCCAAACAUUGUGGUGUGUGCAACCGCUGUAUAGCAAAAUUCGACCAUCAUUGCCCAUGGGUGGGCAACUGUGUAGGUGCAGGCAACCAUAGAUACUUUAUGGGCUACCUAUUCUUCUUGCUUUUUAUGAUCUGCUGGAUGAUUUAUGGUUGUAUUUCUUACUGGGGGCUCCACUGUGAGACCAGCUACACCAAGGAUGGAUUUUGGACAUAUAUUACUCAAAUUGCCACAUGUUCACCCUGGAUGUUUUGGAUGUUUCUGAACAGUGUUUUUCAUUUCAUGUGGGUGGCUGUAUUACUCAUGUGUCAGAUGUAUCAGAUAUCAUGUUUAGGUAUUACUACAAAUGAAAGAAUGAAUGCCAGAAGAUACAAGCACUUUAAAGUCACAACAACAUCUAUUGAAAGCCCAUUCAACCAUGGAUGUGUAAGGAAUAUUAUAGACUUCUUUGAAUUUCGAUGCUGCGGCCUCUUUCGUCCUGUUAUUGUGGACUGGACCAGGCAGUAUACCAUAGAAUAUGACCAAAUAUCAGGAUCUGGGUACCAGCUCGUGUAGCAGCAUCUUUAUCCUAUGAAGCAUAUUGCUGAGUGGUGCCUGAAAAUUGUGUCUGUCCGUGUCUCUCUCACACUCGAAUCCACAUCCUUUGAACAAAUAGCAUGCUAUAUGUAGGGCUAACAGUGAAUUUUACAGUCUUUUUUUUCAACACUUUUAUUAACAAAGGUAAACAUGGACAGAACACACUGCCACUUCUGGGAAGAAUAAAGGUCUUAAAAAGAAUGUUAAUGGUUCUUAAUGUGGGAAUUCACAAAAUACUCAACUUUUUGGUUUUGUUCUCAUAACAUUUUUCAUGAAAGAAGAGUGAACUUAUUCUGUUGACAGACAUGGUAUACUGAUCAGAAAUGCUUGAUUCUAGCUAAAACUAAAUUUAUGGUAUACAGCUAAAUUUUAUGAUGCAAUCUACUAUUAGUAUUGCAUUUAAUUCCAAGAAAGUU